AUGUUGAGGAAUGCCGUACGCGCUACCUUGCCCCUAGUUUCAGCAAUAGCUCGGCGGUCUAUGCCUGUUGUUCACGCCAAUACAGGAGCAGUAACAAGUAUUGCUUCUCGAAGAUAUGUAGCCGUAAAACCAUCUACAUCCGAAGUUUCCAAUAUCUUGGAAGAACGUAUACUCGGAAUUACUGGUGGUGGAGAAAUUGAAGAAACUGGACGUGUACUAUCUAUUGGUGAUGGUAUUGCUCGUGUAUAUGGACUUAGAAACAUACAAGCUGAAGAAAUGGUGGAAUUUUCAAGCGGUAUAAAGGAAGGUGAUACGGUCAAGCGUACAGGGGAAAUUGUGGAUGUACCAGUUGGACCAGGAUUAUUAGGUCGGGUAGUUGACGCUCUUGGUAAUCCAAUUGAUGGUAAAGGACCGAUAGAAUCUAAAGAACGAAGACGUGUUCAAGUAAAAGCACCAGGAAUUUUACCUCGUCGUUCUGUUCACGAACCUAUGCAAACUGGUAUUAAAUCAGUUGAUGCUAUGGUACCAAUUGGUCGUGGUCAACGUGAAUUAAUUAUUGGGGAUCGUCAGACCGGAAAAACUGCAGUUGCUCUUGAUACUAUUUUAAAUCAAAAACGAUGGAAUAAUGGAUCUGAUGAAAGCAAGAAAUUAUAUUGUGUGUAUGUUGCUAUCGGUCAGAAAAGAUCAACCGUUGCCCAAUUGGUUCAAACUUUGGAAGAAAAUGAUGCUUUAAAAUAUUCAAUUGUUGUUGCUGCUACCGCUUCUGAGGCAGCACCACUUCAAUAUUUGGCUCCAUUCUCUGGUUGUGCUAUGGGUGAAUGGUUCCGAGACAACAAAAGACAUUCCUUACUUAUUUAUGAUGAUUUAUCGAAACAAGCUGUUGCUUACCGUCAAAUGUCAUUAUUGCUCCGACGUCCACCGGGUCGUGAAGCUUAUCCUGGAGAUGUCUUCUAUCUUCACUCUCGACUAUUGGAACGUGCAGCUAAAUUAAAUCCUAGUUUUGGAGCAGGAUCCAUGACUGCAUUACCAAUUAUUGAAACUCAAGGUGGGGAUGUAUCUGCUUACAUUCCUACUAAUGUCAUUUCUAUCACUGAUGGACAAAUUUUCUUGGAAGCUGAAUUGUUCUUCAAAGGUGUACGACCUGCUAUCAAUGUCGGUCUUUCUGUCAGUCGAGUAGGUAGUGCCGCUCAAACAAAAGCGAUGAAACAAGUUGCAGGAUCCUUAAAGCUUUUUUUGGCUCAAUAUCGUGAAGUAGCUGCGUUUGCACAAUUUGGUUCUGAUUUAGAUGCUUCAACACGCUUCUUACUAAACCGUGGUGAACGAUUGACCGAACUUUUAAAGCAACCUCAAUACAAACCGAUUCCCACAGAACAUCAAGUUCCUUUAGUGUUUGCAGGUGUUCACGGGUUUUUAGAUAAGAUAGAUGUCAAGCGAGUUACAGAAUUUGAAUCUGCAUUAACUCCAUAUUUGUUAUCAAAUCACCCUGAUGUAAUUGAUACUAUUAGUAAGGAAGGGGUUAUUUCUGAAGCCACAGACAAAAAAUUGCGUGCAAUUUUAGAUGAAUUUUUGAAAUCUUUUAAUUAA